UUCGGGUCGCCGGUGGCGCUGUUCUCCUGCUGUUUUGAACUCCGAGCAGAAGAAGAAGAAGCUCAACCACGUGUGUCUGCCUGGUGGAGCGGUUCCUGUGAAUGUUGUGAAUAACUGAGAUCAGAAAGCAGGCAUCAGAUCAUAAGUUAUCGAUCAAAAAUGACUAAAGUGAAGAAGGAGAAGGUUUCUGCGGAUGGAGAAGAACCAGCAGCGGUGGAGGCUGGAGGAACCGAGCGGAGCUACACCGAACUGAUCGCUCACCUCAACGCCAUUGCUCAGCCGCUGGCCUCCAGGAAGCUCAGCAAGAAGCUCUACAAGUGCGUGAAAAAAGCUGCCAAAGUGAAGAACAUCCGGCGGGGGGUCAAAGAGGUUCAGAAGUUCAUCAACAAAGGAGAGAAAGGCAUCGUGGUUCUGGCCGGAGACACGCUGCCCAUUGACGUGUACUGCCACCUGCCCGUCAUGUGUGAGGACCGGAACCUGCCGUACGCCUACAUCCCGUCUAAAGUGGAUCUGGGCUCGUCUGCUGGCUCCAAACGGCCGACCUGCGUGAUCCUGAUCAAACCCCAUGAGGACUACCAGGACGCCUACAACGAAUGUUUGGACGAGGUGUCCAACCUGCCCAAACUGCUGUGAGACGCAGCCAAUCAGGAUGCAGCUCUGACCUUUGAUUUUAGGGGCCGUCCGCCCUUUUUCUCCCAGAAUCCUCCUGUUUCUCUGCAGCGCUAACAGUUUCCACCUGUUCCCAGUUUUUGUGCUAAGCUAAGUUAAUGAUGGAGAGGGACAUGUUUGGACUUGAUGGAUGCUGCCCCCUGCUGGACACAGGAAACGAUGGUGCCGUUUGGUGCUGGUUGUUGAUCCGGGAACGGCCACAGCUCCGAUGGACUUCGUUUUGGGUUUUUUUCAGAUGUUUGAGCAACAUUUAAAAUCUUUUUGUAUUUUAUUAAAACCUUUAAACAGA